GGUACCAUGUAAACACAACAGUUGCGGUUGGUUGUGCGUGUUAUCAGUAGCAAGUAUCGUUGGCUAGGUUGAGUUUGAACCCUAGUAAUUUUAUUUCGAUUUAAGAGCGCAAUAGUCCCGAAACGGAGUAAAAAUUGUACUGUGUGCUGUAGUUAGCUAACAUAUGAUAAGAGGAUUCCCGUUAGCUUGCGGUGACGUUAGCAUUAGCUUGGAACCAAUGAUAAAGCGCUUUAGGACAGGCUUGUUAACUACCUAGCUCGUCAACGCCUGAUCUUUUUUUGUUAUCAAUUAACGCCACGUCGAUUUUUUUGUGUGGUUUAUCACUCUAACUGAUGUCUUUGGCACUGUGAUUGAAAUGGAAAACUGUAUCGCAUUGUUAUUGAGCGUAAUUAGCUAAUCAGGCAAAGUUAGCUAAACUAACAGGCCGUCGACAGACAGGAAACGAGCUCCGUUAACCAGCAAAUAACGUCAGCCAACCGGCUCCUCCUGUCUGCUCAGAAGAAAAUAAAAAGAAUCUCAUUUAGGUUGCUCAAGUGUUAUCAUAUGUUGACUGAAAGCAGGAAACGGCAGCACAGUGGUGGUGAUGAGGAGAAUGGCCACCUGGUGCCCCAAGCCAAAAGGCAGACCAGAGCACAUCCCAUCUCUCCUGAGCCAGGCCGUGAUGCCUGGGACUCUGAGUCAUCCAACAGUGAGAGCAGCAGCAGCAUCAGCAGUCCUGAACGUGCAGCUGGGAGCUGCGUCAGUCAGUGUGCUCAGGGCCCCUGCAGUCCGCUUAGUGUGGGCAACUCUUUUGAGCCUACGAACCCAGUGUCCUACCUGCAUAUCAACCGCAUCCUGAAGGAUGCCCACUUCCAGAGCCUUCAAAACCGAGGUCACCUGAGAGACACAUGACGACAUAACGUCCCUCUGUCUGUCGCCAGAGGACUGAAGCCCUGAGACAAGUAUGAGCAUCACAUGCUGAGUCACUUCACACAGCUCUUCCCCACCCAUCUCCACUGUGGUAUGUCACAGCUCUAUAGAUGUGUCGAUGGAGACCAGCAUCUGGUCAUGUGUCCGAGGAUGGUUCAUCAUUAAAAUAAAUCAUAAUGAUAAUCAUUUUAGCAAUAAUAACUGUGAUCAACAACCAUUCUUUUGAUCCACUUAUUUUCCGACCAGUCUGGUUUACGUGCUUCUCUAGGAGCCUUAUUGUGACUAGAUGAUGAUGAUGAAUCCAUGUAUUUUGUCUUAAAUGUUGUGUGAAAACAAAGCAAGCUGUCGAGGUGGCACCAUACACAAUUUUAGGCUGGUCAGUGUGACUGCUUUAGGCUUCUAGUAGGGGAAUGGGGGUUGUAAAAUGCUGAAUCAGAUGUCUGUGUAAGUACAUAGACCAGUCUCAGGGAGGAUUUGCACUUGUCUUGGACUGCUCAUUUGCUUUCAUAUUCAGACAGGGACUACUUUAUGGGGGGCUGUAGAAACCAUGGGUGUUAACUUGGCAAAGGACAAGAUCUUUCCAACCCUUACUUAGUAAAUCAGGUAUUUAAAUGUUUUGUAAAUGCAUCUCAAUCAAACGUGUUAGAGUUGGGUCACGGAGAAGGUCACAUUUUUGAUUGAUUUUGCAUUCUUGUGUUCAUCUUCAUGUAGUUUAAUUUACUUCUGAUUUUGAAAUUUACCAUGUGUGGAUCACUUGAAUCACACUUUUGGUUAGUUCAUGUUAAUAAUAACAAGAUAAUGAUUUAAAAAAAAAAAAAAAAAGAUGGAUCAGUGCGUUUGCUUUUACUUUUUUUUUUUUUUUUUUUUAAUUCACUACCUUGUUAUUUUAGUUUGAAAGCCAAGGCACUGCUAACCAGCUAGCCCCACCUUUUUUCUGCUAGCUGGGAAACUUUGAGCUGCCUUCAGUGAGUCUGUUAUCCCAAGAAGGCUCUUUUCUGGCUCGGUAAGAAAUCAGCUAUAAGCUGAAAGGUCACUUCAGCCAGAAUCUGCAGCAGACGCAGAAAUUAUACAUGUUUCAUAAUGCAAAGCUCAGCAGACGUGCAGAUCAGAACAAGAACCAACAUCUUUAACUGUAGUCCAAUUCAAUAGUGUUUAAGUCUAUUUGUGGAACAUGAUAAGUACUGGAGAGGCAGGGAAAUGACAUGAAAACCACGAGAAUAGCCUCCUGGCCAACAUGGGAGCUAGGGUAAGGUAGUUAAUUCCAAUUAGACCUAAAAUAAUAUACCUCUGUAUUGCAAGUUUUAUGAAAGUUAUCUGAUAAGAUUGGUCGAUCACUCAGCCCUUAAUGCAGACUGUGAAUCAUCUAUAAUAAGGUGCACGUAAUUAUAAUGUUACUGUUUUAAAUAACGACUGGAUGAAGCCAUUUCCAAAUGAAUAUAAUAACGAUCAAAAGGGACAGUGGGAAUGCUCUUAUUUGUCUGUAUUAUGUUUUUUUUCUUAUAAUAAUGACAAUAGAGACUGGUUGGUAUAAAAUUGAGUGGACAAAGCUGACUAACAAAAACACAAGAGUACUUUGAUUAUUUUGAGCUGAGCUCAGACGAAGUAAAGAUAAUUUUAGUGUUUUGUGACCAUGGAAAAGUCAUCCAGUAUGUUACCUUUUAUCUUGUGACCACAAAGAGAAAUCCAAACAGUAAUAACACCCAUUAGCUCUACAGCCUUCCAGAUGUCUUAUUUUCUUAGUUGUUGUUUUUUUUUUUCUUUCCUUUAUUGUACAGGGGGAUGGUGCAUUUGGGGGACAGCUAGUUGUUUCUGUCCAGACAGAGUUGCAGUGCAGCCUUUUAGGUUUUAAAAAAAAUAAAAAAAUAAAAAAAUAGGCUUGGACUGCAAUUAUUACUGGAGCCACUAAAGAGCAGAUAGUUUUUCUGCCUGUGCACUACCAUUCAGAUAUUGCUGCAUGAGUGUCCCUCUGCACCAAACAUCCAGGUGGGUUUCUAGCAUCCUGUUGGGAUUGAUUUAUUUAAAUCAUUGUCCCAGGACUAAACUCAGUUGUUGUUUUUCUUUUAUUUUAAUUUUUAAACUGGCAUGCAGAAAUGAAAGCCUUUUGAAGAUGUGGUUUAUUUUUGUUCAAUUUUAUAUUUUUUCUAUAUUAUAUAUUUAGUAAUGUACAUGAUAUUAAUGUGGCAAUGAUUCUUUUGUGAAUAUCCUCUCAUUUCAUAAAUAAAAUUUAUUGAUUUUUCAA